CCCCUGAACCAGGAAGUGAAGAGUCGGGCAGUCGACUCCGUGCGUCUCUGACCCGAGGUCAACCACGUUAUGUUUGCUGAUGAUCUGGUGAUUGCUGCUCACUCAGAGGAGGAGUUAGAGGUGCCGCUGCUUGACCUGGAGCAUGCUACUAAGAGAAUAAAUGACAUGGAGCAGAGACUGAAUACAACGCCCGCUGCUAGAAGGCACCAAUGCGACCAGUCUCCAUAUGACCCGAAUGACACUGGACACAUGAAUCUGCACCAGAAAUCGCACACGGCCAAGAAGCCCUUCAAGUGCACUUUGUGUGAAAAGUCAUUUGGACAGUCAUCACAUCUUAAAGAUCACCAGAGAAUACACACAGGGGAGAAACCCUUCAAGUGCAAUGUGUGUGGAAAGGCAUUUGCAGAGUCAGGAAGUGUUCAGAAACAUCAGCGAACACACUCAGGAAAGAAGCCUUUCAAGUGCACUGUGUGUGAGAAGGCAUUUAGACAGUCAUCACAUCUUCAAAUUCACCAGAGAACACACACAGGCGAGAAGCCCUUCAAGUGUACAGUGUGUGGGAAGGCAUUUGCAGUAUCAGGCAGUUUUCAGACACAUCAGAAAACACACUCAGGCGAGAAGCCCUUUAAGUGCACUGUUUGUCAGAAGGCAUUUAAACUGUCAUCACAUCUUCAAAUUCACCAGAUAACACAUACAGGCGAGAAGCCAUUCAAGUGUACUGUGUGUGGUAAAGGGUUUACACAAUCAGGAUCUCUUACUGCUCACCAGAGACAACAUACGGGCGAGAAGCCCUUCAAGUGCACUCUGUGUGAGAAGGCAUUCAAACUGUCAUCAUAUCUUCAAAUUCACCAAAGAACACACACAGGCGAGAAACCCUUCAAGUGUACUGUGUGUGGUAAAACCUUUACACAAUCAGGGUCUCUUAUCGUUCACCAGAGACAACACACAGGCGAGAAGCCCUUCACAUGCACUAUCUGUGGAAAUGCUUUUGCAGAGUCAGAAAGUUUACAAAAGCAUCAGAGAACACACACAGGCAAGAAGCUGUUCAAGUGCACUGUGUGUGAGAAAACAUUUGGGGUGGCAGCAUAUCUUCAGAGACACCUGAAAACACACACAGGCAAAAAGCCAUUCAAGUGCACUGUGUGUGGGAAGGCAUUUGCACGAUCAGAAGGCCGAAAUAGACAUGAGAAGAUCCACAAGGAGACGGAGGUGGAAACGAGAAGUGAAAGUGAACGUGCUGCAUUUAGCCCAUUUCGCAUGGAACAAGAACCAGAAGGCAUCCACAGUUUUGAAACAUGGCCAGGAGUGAAGGUGGAAUGUGAAGACGUGAAGUUGGAAUAUGAAGGAGUGAAGGUGGAAUAUGAAGAAGUGAAGGUGGAAUAUGAAGAAGUGAAGGUGGAAUAUGAAGAAGUGAAGGUGAAAAGUGAAAAUGAAGAUUCAACUCCAGGACCCGACGUCCAGAUGGAUGGAUGCAGCGUGAAGCAGGAGGAGGAUUCAGACUGAGGCAACCCCCAGGAGUUGUACAUAUGGAGGUGUGAGUGGAAUUUUUGGGGGAGUGGUGGUGUAGUGGUUAGCGCGCUGCUGUACAAACCCUGAUGACCCAAGUUCGAUUCCCGUUCAGGUCCACCAAUACCAGUGGUGAUUAUCUGAACCAGUCCUGGGCCUCCCCUAGGUCGAUUCAGCCUUAAAUGAGUACCUGAUAUGGUGUGACCAUCGUCAUCACUGGGAAGACAAAGGCGGUCGGGCGUGAUGCUGGUCACCCAUCCCUAGUGUACCGUGCUGGCCUUCAUUGGUGCUCGAUAACAGCACUUGCCCAAAAAGUAUGUUAAGGCUAUGAGGGGGAUCUUUGUCAAUGGAGUGUUUAGACAAUGCAGAGUAGGAAGGCCAUACAUGUGUAAUAAAGGACGUUGACGACACACA